AUGGCAGCAUUCCUUUCUCUGAUGGUAGAGGGGUCUAGAGCUUUGAAUGGAAUCAAGCUCACAGUCAGAUUAUUGGAGAGUGAAAAAACAGCAGCUGAAGUCCUUGAGCGCCAAUAUUUGUUUAAGAAGAAAUCAUUGACAUAUUCUUCUCAGAUUGCAUUCCAAAAGGCCACAGAAUCAACAAACACUGUGGUAUUCCCUGUUACACAUGAACAAUUAGUGAACAGGAUGAAGAAUUCCAAACAGAUCCAGGAAGAGGUAAAGAAACAGUAUGGAAGUUCAUCAACUAUGAGCUCAUCUCCACCAAUCCCAGAAGUUGAACCACAUCCUAGGAAUUCAGGCCAUUUUGCCCAAAAAGAGGUGGUGGUUCCAGUGUCACCACCCAUUCAGAAUUCUGUACCUAAAGGAGAAAACAAAUCCAUGGUACCAGGAGCUUCAUUGCAACCAAAUACCUUCCAAAGAACAAAAAAAAGAGAUAUGAUGAUUGCAGCAUGCCUAAUUUUCAGAGGAAUGUUUCUGGGGUGGUGGUAUCAAACUUGGGCACCAGACUUUUAUCGACUUGUGUAUGGAAAUUCUCUAAUCUGA